AGGUAAAUUUCGUGACAUAAAGAAAUAAAAAAAGAAAGCAAGUAUGUUUCAGAACUUACUUUUCUCGAUCGCUGCUCUUUUUAUAUUUGUGGAAAUCGUAAAAUCUGAUGAUUCGGGCUCAUUUACAGUUCCACCCGUGUACUAUUCUAACUGCUACUCAAAGGACUACGGAAUAUUUGUUGAUGCAGGAAAACCAUAUCAAGUUCCUGGUAAAUGUGAAGUAGUAAUCUGUAACAAAAAGAAUGGCAACGCUUUAACACAAAGCUGUGGUGAUGGACCCCCAGAUUGCAGACCUGUAAAAGGGGAUCCAGCAAAGACCUUUCCUGAAUGCUGUGAUGGAUGCGAGCCUUAAUUAAUUAAACAAAUAACGCAAUAAAUAUUAUUUGAUAUAAAAAAUAAAGAUUGUUUCUUCUUUGACCACA